AUGAAGCUCACCAUUGUCAUGGCUGUUACUACGCUUGCAUGGGCUUCUACCGCAGCACCGACCACUAGUGAUCAGACUUUCACUCCCUCCGUGGAAGACUUGUUCCGGUCCCUCCAGCGCGGUCCAGAAUCUCUGGCAGAGCUCCGCCCUAAUGGAACUGUAGUGUCCUACGACCAGCACGGCAACAUUCUUGACCAUCGUGUAGCCUCCGAGGCUGCUGUACGCGAGUACAAUGAUAAAAUCGCGAUCAUCCAAGACGUUUUCCGACAAGGCUUCGAAGAUCCAGAGGUCCAGGCUGGUCGCGUGGACGAUAGUCCUGCCUCGAAUGUAUACGAGCGCGUCGACGGAGAGCUCUUCACCCAUCGCUUGGACUGCAACUCCUACCCCUGUGACGACAAUGACGAUUGCUGGCAAGUUGGCUGCAAGAACCACAUUGAAAUUUCCUGCUCAAAGCGUGGGCUUGUUCGUACUUUCUUUUUCUUCCCUGGCAGUGUUGAUACCCCAAUACGUACACCUGCACAAAUGGCACCCCUCAAGAUCAUUAUCAUUGGCGGCGGUCUGGCCGGGGCCUGCCUAGGCAAUGGCCUCGUCAAUCAUUCAUCUGGUCUCAUCAACGUCACAGUCUACGAGCGCGAUGCUGAGGGCGACGAGCGCGGUGGCUACCAGAUUCGCCUCGGCGCAUAUGCCCUGGCAGGCCUCAGGGCAUGUCUCACAACACAGCAGUUCAAAGAUUUGCUGCCAUAUUUUGGUCGAUCUGGGGGCGUCGUAUCAUCCGCGCCUUGCAUCUUCAACCCGUCCGACCUGAAGGUCAUGGUAGACCUCAGCAAAGCCCCGACCUAUGAGAAAAGCGCGCCAAUCGCGCGGAUGCGACUUCGCGAGUAUCUGCAGGAGCCCCUGCGCAAACACGACGCGAUCCGGUAUGGCAAGAAGUUUCUUCGCUACGAAAGCCUCGAAGGGGACGACACGGGCCACAGCAAGGUCAGAGUGCACUUUGCCGACGGCACACAAGAAGACUGCGAUAUUUUGAUCUCGGCCGAGGGCAGCGGAAGUCGGAUCAACAAACAGAUUGGUCUGAACAACAUCAUUGACACCGUCACCAAAGAUUUUGGCUCUUUGCUCGGAAAAUGCCAUCUUUCUUGGCCGGUCCUUCAGACCUUGCCGAAGCAGCUUCUCGAGAAGGGCACCAUCUAUACAGCCAACUCAAAGGCCAUUGUCUUUGCCGCUGCAUACCUGCCGCCAAGCUUGUCAUCCUUCUCCCACCAAGGAAGCAAUGCCGACCCCACCAAGCCCGAAAACUACGAUGAGGAACAGGCGUCGCUCUUUCUCGGUGUGGGGUGGACGACAGGCCCUCCAAAUGCGGAUCUGCCACACAUCAAAGACAAGAAGGGCCUCAUGCGGCAGAAGCUCACCGACGCUGGCUUCCACCCGAGCUUCUUGAACCUAGUCGAUGCGGUCGACGAUGACAACCUGAUCACAACCCCGACGCGGUCGGCCAAGACCGAUACACCUGUAAACUGGAGACAGAAGAUAUUGGCAGACGCAGCCAAAGUAGUGGACAGGGAUCUGGCAAACCCGAGAGUGUGGCUGAUGGGAGACUCCAUUCACGCGAUGCUGCCAUCGCGCGGCAUGGGUGCCAACAAUGCAAUUCGAGAUACUGCGGAUGUACUAGGCCCAUUGCUAGAGCUGGGCAAGCAGCACAAGUCCAGGAGCAACGUCACUGACGAGCAGGUUAGCACCCAGCUGGCUAUUUUCGAGAACACGAUGCUUCCCAGAGCGAUGGCCUGGGUUAAGAAGAGCAAAGAUCAAGAGCUACCUGACUUGGAAAGCACCAAAGGCAAGAUCAUCAUUGCUGUGCUCCGUGUUGGCAUCUUUUUCCUGAGCGGCGCCGUAAAGAUCCUGAAACUGUUUGGGUGGACUCCUAAAGAUGAUGCGCCGGAGCUAGCUUGA